CAACGGAAGUGACGUUAUUAAGUGACGGCCAAAGCGACACUCUCAAAAAGACCUCCCCAGCACCAACAUGUCCGGCCUUCUGAGAACCAUCGCCACCCGUCUCGCUCCCACUCUACGGGGGCAAGCCGUCAUCCAGCGGGCAAACAUCUACACAAAACCCGCCAAGGAGAACAUCGGCCCUAUGGAAACGGUGAUUGCCAUGACUAUGUUCUGCAUAGCCAUCCUGGGACCCUCUGGAUGGAUCUUGGCCCACCUGGAGGACUAUAAGAAGCACGAGUAAAGUGGACUUUAACAGUUGGCCAGUCUUCCGUGUCCUGAUGGAGCCUUCGCCACCCAAUAUGGGGCCCAGUUAGGGAUAUUUUCCCUCUGUUGUACACAUUUCUGUGCGUAUAUUGUGUGUACACGAUUAAAUUUUAAAACAAA